UUCCCAGUGGGCCCUGACUGUCCAAUCGCGGGUCAGUCCGCAAAACCAGUGGCGAUCCACGCAACUGUACGCCCAUCACGUUGCGCACAUGGAUCGGGUCGAGGUGACCACACCACACCCAGCAGACCGAGGCGGAGUGCUUGUUCUGGAGGAACGGCUUGUGUAACAGCUGUAUCAGCCAGUGGCACCAACGGCAACCAGUUGCGCCAGCACCGUGCCUUGUUGAAAUGUCCAGUACGCAGAGGAGGCGGCGCAUGCAGCGGCCUCUCAGCGCGUCAGGGGCCGAGAACUAGUUGAGGAUCUUCGGACACAGUUUGUGAACAACAGUGUUUACAUGCGUGUGUUUUUACCGUAGCUGUAGCCACUUCUCGGAGGAAUGAGAGGCGUAUGUUCGGCUCUGAAAAUGGGAUUGUUUUUGCACGCUGUUGGCUCUGUCACCCCAACCGAGUCCGCAGUGGACAGGAGCCUGCUGCACUGUGAAGGUGUUAACAACCAGAGCUACGUCUGUGAGUCUGGACACUGCUGCGGAGAGUCUCAGUGCUGCAGCUACUACUAUGAACUCUGGUGGUUUUGGUUGGUGUGGGCCAUCAUCUUCAUUUUGAGCUGCUGCUGUGUGUGCCACCAUCGACGCACCAAACACCGGCUACAGCAGCAACAACGGCAGCACGAGAUCAACCUCAUAGCAUACCGCGAAGCACACAACUACCCCUCUGUGCCCUUCUACUUCAGGUUUCUGCCAAACUACCUCCUGCCUGACUAUGAAGAGGUGGUCAACCGGCCACCGACCCCUCCCCCUCCCUACAGUGCCUUACACACAGGCUCAUCCUCAGUGGCUUCUAGUCCACUGGCCUCUGAGCAGCAGGAGGGACACUGUCCAACCAUCCAGCCCACUCCAGUUCCCCAAGUCUCUGACAGUCUGUGCUGCAGACCCAGCAUAGAGGAGCCACAACCUCCCACUUCAGACUUUAGGCCAAAGCCUGACAACAAGCCCAUGCAGACAGCACAAGAGUCAAGCAUGAUACUGCUGUCAGAUGGGCUCAAUAUGGAGGGACUCACCAGCCAGGAGAAAAGAAGUGGAACUGGGGAAGAGUCCUGCAAGGAUCCCCUGCUGAAGGACCUGUCAGAGGGUUGCGCCGAAGACAAAGAUCGACUCCCCAAUGGAAGGAGGAGGCGAUUCACAGGGGACUCUGGGAUUGAGGUGUGUGUCUGUGGCACACGUGGGAGCAGCAGCUGUAGUGGAGCAGGAGGGACAGGCCAGGAAGGCAAGGAGUUGAGGGAGCUAGAGAGCCUGCUGGGGCGCGAGGGAGACGAGGGGGAGGAGGCGGGUGAUUUCUGCGACAGCUGUGGUCAUCAGGCCUCCUUCAGCGUGGAAGAGGAGCAGGCGCAGGGCGGGCUGGAGAGGCGGGCUGCACGUGGGCCUUCAGGACCUCCUCAGCCGGCUCACCAGAUAGGCAGCGGCUCCCUCCACCCUCCUGUGUGCCUCCUCCUCCACACCAUCAACGAGCAGGAGGGGCCGCACCACAGCACCAGCACUGAGCCGCAGGGCUGAAACACAGUCGACACAUCUUUGUCACAGACGGAAGGAGAGCACUUAGGACAGGACAUGGAGGCGUAUGCUUUUGUAUUUGAGCAAGUGACUUAUGUCUAAAUGCUUUCUAAGUGAGUAUUUUUAUGAAUGUGUGCAUCUUAGAUAAAACAGGUGUGGGAGCAGGAAGUGGAAUCUCAACUAAAAAUAAGUGAGAUCCAAAGGUUGCGAAAGCCUGCGUCUCCCCACACUGGAACAGUGGCCUUAACCUGUGUAUUUUGGGUUAUAUGUGGGCAGUACAAGCCCUUUAACAGCCUGUGGCAAUUGAGACUUCUCACACUGCACACACACACACACAAACACACACAGUCUGUCAGAUGUCCUUCUCAUACAAUGGAAGCUACUGACAUAGUCAAAGACUUGAUAGCUGAAGCUGUGAUGUCAGAACAGGACGUUCACUGCCUAGGAUGAAUGCAGCUCUCCUCACUGGGUGCUCGCAACAGUUGUGCAAAGCCGUUCUUUACGUAGUAAAAAAUUUAAAAAAAACACACAGCAGGAACAUUUUGAAUGAGUGCAAUGUGGAAUUAUCGCAGUGUGUGUUUAUGCAAGCUGAUUCUGUACAGGGACACCAGAACAAGAUUGUGUAGGACGUCCUGUUAGACUCAUGCUUCUCAAGUGCUUUUUCAGCGAUUAAAAACCGCUCUGCCUUGUGUCUGUUUUUGUUGCUCUCUAUCUGCCCCACUAGUGAUAGAGGUGUAGAAGUGCAUUAACAGAUCUUCACGUGAGCAGUUCCUAUUUUGCACAAAAUGUAUUUAUCUUUAUAAAUGAAGCUUUUAGCUAAAAAUCAAAACCAAAUGCUUUCCCCCCACAAAUUCAGUCUUAAAUUGCAGUACAUGAUUAGUUUUUAGGGUUUUGUUGCAACAUCUGUAAGACAUGGACCUCUGUGAAAUGUUAGUAUGGAAUGCAACAGAUUCACUUUGUAUACAGUAAUUUUUAAAAAUUAAAUUAAUGAAUGUUUGUAGUAUGUGCCUACCCAAAAAAAUGCAUAAUGUUGAUGAGAAAGCAGGUACGAAACCCAAAAAAUUGAAUAUGAAGCUUCUUAGAGAUUACAGCUGAGAUGGGCAACAUCAGACCUCAAACUUUUGUGUCAGUCACUUCAAUAGAUUUCCACCUUCACCAGCUCUACAGUAUACAAUCUUUAUGUUGGAUUUUCAUUGUAGCACAAUUUUUUACCAUUCUUCGGCUUUGGUAUUCAUGAACUUAACAUUUAUAACGGCUUCCUGUAUGGUCCAUUAAAGAAGAAAUUAACUGAUUUUCAUUAAUUUGUGAUCUUGCCAGUCCUCUGCAUUUGUGCUAUUUCAAUCUGAGAGGUGAAAUGCUCCUUUGAGUUUGUGCACACAAUACUUGUAAUAUUAAGCAUUUAACCCCAACAGGGCAGUUUUAGAACAAAAUGUCAUUAAGAGCUGGGGAGUGAGGCAUGAGAACAGAUAGAGACAGAAAUUAAAGCAGUUUUAAAAAAUUACGAGGAAACAAAGAAUCAGAUAAGAUAAAUAAAAACAGUCUGAUAGCUGUCUUUAGUUAAGUCUUCAUAUCUCAAUAUCUAUCAUAAACAAAAGUUUGUACAACAGGAUAUUUCUGAGAAGCAUGUUUUUUUAUGAUUAACAAAAAAAUGUUGGCACAGGAUAUGGUCAACAAUACAAAUUAGCAAGCAAUAUGUACAAUUCUGCAUCACAGAUACAAAACAAAGACCACUUAGAAAAAGCAUUAAGGUAAUCAAUAUUCCAUUAAUGUAUCUUCUCUGAAAGGCUCAUCAGGUUAUCUUUAAUAGUUUGAAUGUUGUAAAUGAAACUUCCUUAUCCAAGCCUUACAGGAGCUGUAAUACAGUAGAUGUUGUUUAAUGGUGACUGUGCCAUGAAAAAUGUCUGAUUCUAUAAUGAACGCGAUGUGUGAAACUUGUGAACACAAAUUGAGUUAAGUAAAAGUUUUGUUUGCCCACUCUCUGAAAUGAACUGGAACUGGUGAUUCUACAGAAUGCAUUUUUUCAGCCUUUUCCUCAGAGUACCCUCAGAAAUGCACACAUUGCAAUGUCUGCGAAGCACAAAUGUUUUAGCCAUCGGCCUAUACUUAAUCUAACAGAAGGUGUCUCCCAAAAUUUCUAGCACAAGUUAAACUGUAACAUGUGAACUUUAUGUAUUAACAGUAAGAUGAUUGAAUUGUACUCAUUGAAGCCUGAACACACUCUAAAAGUGCUUUAUAUGUUAAUGCUUUUUGUGAACUAGAAAAUGUAAUUGUGGUACAUGUAAUACAAAGAUGAGCUAUUUUUCAUAUCAGCUGAAUCCUUUAAAAAUUAUCUGAACUGUAUAAAAUUUCAAAACCACUUUAUAUUUGCUAAUUGAGUACAAUAUUCUGUAACAUGUUUGUGAACCAAAUAGUUGCUUUCAUCAUUUUUAUGAAAUCAUUAGCUUUAUUGUUAUGGACAGAUUAUUAUUAUUUUUUUGUCAUUAUGGGUAUUAUUAUUUUCCUCUGUUGAGAAAAGGUUUAACUUCUUAUCCUGAAGAUGUGUGAAGGGUACAUUUGACUAACAAUAAAAGUAGUUAAUUUGUUAACAAGAUCAGGGGCAUCUUGCCAAAGACAUUUUUUCUUUCUUCACCAGUGGGUGUAAGGUGGUUUUGCACAUAUUCUUUGAAUGUUCUGAUCAUAAGCCAUUUAUUACAACUACCAAGAUGGAUGUAUGUUCAAUAAACAUACUCUUUUAAAUUCAA